ACAGUCUCCCGCCUCAUCCAAGCAUCAUGUCAACUAUAAGACCGUCCGAUAAUUUUGGUGACAAUCCAGGUGAUCAAGAAGAUUCUGUGGACUUUGAAUUUUUCGAAGAACACCGAGAGUCUAUACCGGGAUCAUUGAAAAAGAAUGACAACAAUAACUCAAAUUUAGUUAAAGCAAACAAUAAAACUUUUGUAGUAGAAGAAAAACAGGAAGGCGACCUGUAUAAACGGAAUGAAGAUCUUGAAUUAAGCGAUGAAACAUAUCAUAGCACUGAAGAGGAAGAAAAGAACAAGAAGGGGAUAGAAGAUGAAAAUAAUUGGGUUAAAAGUCCAACAUUUCACAAAUCAGUUAACAAUUCUGAUAAAAGUAAUAGAAAUAAAGCUGUAGUGAAGGAUAUUGACAGUGACUCAGUGAAUGAUGAUGACGAAGAAGAACAAUCAAUUUCAUCUGGCGAUAUUUCUAAUAUUCCUAGAUAUAAAAACAGAAAUGUAACAUCUAGAAAUUCUCCAAUACGACAAUCACCAAAUAAAAAUAAUGACCGGAAAAAGCAAACCAGACCCUCAUUUCGUAUUGCUUCAAAUUCUGAUAUUUUUAAUAUGAACAAUGAAUGUAUUAAUGUUGCACAAAUUGCAGAUGCUUUGAAAAGCUUUGACAAAAAAAUACAUCGUUUACAUAUUCGUCCACCAUGGAAAGAUCCGAAUUCAAGACCACUUCCAAGUGAUCGAACAACAGCAUUUUAUAACAUGUACGAGGAUUAUUUAAAAUAUCGAAAUCAGCGACCAUUGUCAAGUUUAGGAUAUUCAACAACAAAAUGUUUGAAUGACGAAAUAGCUGUGCGUAGAUUGUACCAUUCAACACUGAAUCGUUUGCGUCAAAAUGAAAAAAUACAGCUGGAAAACUAUGAAUUAGCUAAGCGCUUACAAAAAAUUCGACCAACAACUGGUAUGACUAAAGAAGAACAAUUACGAGAUUAUAAAAAGUAUUUUAUUACACCGAACUCAUUGUAUCCUUAUUAUAAAUCUGAAUUUAUUUCUUAUCGAAAAAAUUCUCAUAUAAAUCAAAACCUUAUUAAAAAUAAAAAACAAAUUAAUACUUUAAAACCAAAUGAAUUCACAUCUAAAUCUGUAAAUAAUAAUUCAUCAUACAAUAAAUACCAAACGAGUAAUAAUAAUAAUAAUGAUAAAAAUAAUUUGAAGCGAUCAAACAAAUAUGUGAAAGGAAAAAUAAAACUUGAAAAUUCUUAUAAUUCUGAAUUUAAACAUGAAUCACAUGAUUCACAUUCUUCUACAUUGAAUCAUCAAGUGAAAUAUUCAAAACAAUUCAAUAAACCAAUCAUUGUUAAACAACAACAAUCUUCCAAUAAUCGUCCAUCAUCAUCAUCAUCGUCAACAUCAUCAACAUCUUCAAGUUCAUUUAAUUCAUCAUCUGAAUUAUCAGUGAAAUAA